AAAUUCUCUCUCUCUCUCAAAGAGCACAAAACCCACACUGUUAAAACCCUGAACUCUCUCUCUCUCUCUCUCUCUGAGAUCGCGUUCGAUACCAUCAUAUGGCUGAACGCGACAAGUUCAUCUACGUUGCCAAGCUCGCUGAGCAGGCGGAGCGCUACGAUGAGAUGGUGGAUGCCAUGAAAAAUGUGGCAAAACUUGAUGUGGAAUUGACAGUUGAAGAGCGCAAUUUGCUAUCAGUUGGGUACAAGAAUGUGAUUGGUGCUAGGAGAGCAUCAUGGAGAAUUCUGUCAUCCAUAGAACAAAAGGAAGAAACCAAAGGAAAUGAAUUUAAUGUGAAGCGGAUCAAGGAGUAUAGACAGAAGGUUGAAUCAGAGCUUACAAACAUCUGCAAUGAUAUCAUGAUCGUAAUAGAUGAGCAUCUAAUCCCUUCGGCUUCUGCUGGUGAAUCAAAAGUGUUCUUUUAUAAGAUGAAGGGAGAUUAUUAUCGAUAUCUUGCAGAAUUCAAAACUGGUAAUGAGAAGAAGGAUGCUGCUGAUCAUUCAAUGAAAGCAUAUGAGACAGCUACCACUGCUGCAGGGGCUGAGUUGCCUCCUACACAUCCUCUCCGACUGGGUUUGGCAUUGAAUUUCUCAGUAUUCUAUUAUGAGAUCUUGAAUUCACCUGAAAGGGCCUGCCACCUUGCAAAGCAAGCUUUCGAUGAAGCAAUCUCAGAGCUUGACAAUUUAAAUGAGGAAUUGUAUAAGGAUAGCACCUUAAUAAUGCAGCUUCUCAGGGACAACCUGACCUUGUGGACUUCUGACAUCCCAGAGGAUGGAGAAGAUGCCCAGAAAGUCAAUGGCACUGCCAAAGUAGGUGGGGCAGAGGAUGCAGAGUGAUGCAUGCCUCCCUACAUCUUGUUCAGGGUAAAAGAUGAGACCUGAUUAUCCAUUGUGGUGUUUACUGUUUAGUAAAAGAUGGAAUUUCAUUGCUUUUUCUUUGUUUGCAUUUCUAUUCCCCAAGUGCCAUAUUGUGUUGUGAUUUAUAGUGAUGUCUGGACGAUAUUGGUCUAGCCCCUUCAGAUGUGGUGGAUGGAGUGUAAAGCAUUGGCAUGCUUGCUUAGGUGGUUUUUUUCUUGCUUUGUUGUAAAUUGGAGAGCAAGAAUUAUGUCUGGUUUUCCUCACAAAUCCAGAAAUUUGAAGCCUGAUACCUGCAUAUAUAGUUAAUCUGCUUUCAUAUCAGCAUGUAUGUUUUCAACUGUUGUGACUAUCACUAUCAAUGCGCUGUAAUGGCUGAAAGUUGUUGCAUUGUGAA